CACUACAUAAGCUAUAUAUUGCAUUAUAUAUUCAUGCUGAUUAGAAUAUUCGCACUACUAAACAGCGAAUCGCCGAGCCAGUAAGCUUGCGAGUGUUGAAGCGAUCGGUGCUAUAUUUCUCUACGAACCAGUUUUGUUGAAGUAUCUUCGAAGUUGUUUGCACAUCAAAGUGUUUGUUUUAGUAUUUUCAUUUUUUUUUGUUAAAGUUUGAUCGAUUAAUAACAACAAAAUACUUAAAAUGUUAUCGCGUCAUUUAAUAAACUGCGAUGCAAUUGUCGGGCGUUCGUUGAGGUCAACGGCAUUAAGGGGCUAUGCAACAGCUGUGGCACAGACGCAGGUAAAUGAAGCAGCUACUGCCGCAAACAAUUGGGAAAAUGCGCGUCCAUAUUCAGAACUGCCAGGACCAAGCAAAUAUGAGAUUAUUCGUGGAUAUUUACCAGGAGGUGCUUACUAUAAAAAAACAUUUGUAGAAGCUAUGACAGAAAUGGCAGAAAAAUACGGCAAUGUCUAUAGAUUUCCAGCCAUGUUUGGCAGACCAGAAAUGAUUAUGGAUCUUAACCCAAAUGAUUAUCCAAUCAUAUUUCGAAAUGAGGGUAUUUGGCCAGAAAGGCGUACCUUCGAAACCUUCAUUUAUCAUCGCAGGGUCCAUAGAGAAGAUUUCUUUCGAGGCGUAGGUGGACUAUUGACCACGACCGGUGAAGAAUGGGCUAAAAUUCGAACCGCCGUAAAUCCGGUUCUAAUGCAACCCAAAAAUGCCAGAUUGUACUUAAACACACUACUGGAAGUCAAUGAUGAAUUUCUCGAAAGAAUACGUCACGUACGCGAUCCUUUGACACUCGAAGUUCCCGGCGACUUUCAUGAUGAUAUUAAUCGACUCACUUUAGAGGGCGUGGUAGGAAUAGCACUUAAUACCCGUUUAGGAAUGAUACACAAAAAUCGUGAUAAUCCGGAAAGCACACUGUUUCUGAAAGAAGUACGAAAUUUUUUCGAAUUGUCCGAAGAGGUUGAAAUAAAACCAUCAAUUUGGAAGAUAAUCAAAACACCAAAGUUUCAUAAAUUGAUGGCAACAUUGGAUACGCUCACUGCGCUGUGUAACAAGUAUAUAGAUGAGGCGUUAAAACAAAUUGAAUUGGAUAAUGAGGGGAAACUCACCUCAGAGGUGGGUAAGGAAAAGAGUGUGUUAGAGAAACUAUUGCGUAUUGAUCGCAAAAUCGCUGUGGUUAUGGCUCUCGAUAUGAUGAUGGCUGGUGUUGAUACAACUAGCUCCACUCUAGUGGGCAUAUUGUUUUGCAUCGCCAAAAAUCCCCACAAACAACAAAAGCUUUUCAAGGAACUCAAGAAUAUAUUGCCAAAUAAAGAUUCUCGUUUGACUACAGAGAAUAUGCAAAAUCUUCCAUAUCUGCGCGCCUGCAUUAAGGAAGGUAUGCGCUAUCAUCCCAUUAUUGCUGGCACAAUGCGUAAGCUGCCGACCGAUGUGGUAUUGAGUGGAUAUCGUAUACCAGCCGGUACUGAUGUUUCAGUUGGUUCCAAUUUGUUGUUGCGCAAUGAGAAACUCGUGGAAGAGCCAAAUAAAUAUAUACCAGAACGUUGGCUACGUAAUGACACCGAAGGUAAAAAAUAUCAACUCAACAAUCCGUUUAUAUUUCUUCCCUUCGGCUUUGGGCCGCGUAGUUGUGUAGGCAAACGUAUUGUGGACCUAGAACUGGAGGUCACUGUAGCGCGUUUGGUGCGCAAUUUCACGAUUGAAUUCAAUUAUUCAGCGGAAAAUGCUUUCAUACCGAAGCUCGUUUUCAGACCAGCUAUACCAUUGAAAUUCAAAUUCGAGGAAAGAAGGGAGUGGAAUUGUUGUUUUUUCUUUAUAAUGUUAUCUCGUUGUGUAAUACAGUAUAAUGCAAUCUUUGGACGUUCAUUGGGUGCAACAGUAUUGAGGAGAUAUGCGACAGCAUUACCACAACAACAGCUCAAUGAAACGUUAUCAACAACAGCGCACUUGGAGAAUGCGCGUCCAUUUAAGGAGUUACCCGGACCAAGUAAAUAUGAAAUAAUUCGUGGAUUUAUGUUGGGAGGUGAAUUUUACAAAAAAACUUUUUCGGAGGCAAUCACACAACUCUCAGAGAAGUAUGGAAGAUUAUUUCAUUUCCCCGCCAUGUUUGGCAAACCAGAAAUGGUCAUUGCACUCAACCCAGCCGAUUAUCCUAUAAUAUUUCGCAAUGAAGGUGUGUGGCCCGAUCGACGCCCAUUCGACUCUUUUGCAUACCAUCGGGCAGUACAUAGGGCGGAUCUUUUUCAAGGCAUAAACGGACUUAUCACAACAUCUGGUGAGGUUUGGGCGAAAAUGCGCACUGCGGUUAAUCCAGUUUUAAUGCAACCUAGGAAUGCGCGACUAUAUCUGAACACGAUACUUGAAAUCAAUGAAGAAUUUCUGGAAAGAAUCCGUCACAUACGCGAUCCGGUUACGAACGAAAUGCCCGCUGACUUUCACGAUGAUCUUAAUCGUCUAACACUUGAAGGGAUCGUCGGUGUUGCGUUAAACACACGCUUGGGUAUGAUACACAAGAAUCGAGAUUCUCCAGAAUGUAAACUACUCUUGCAAUCGAUACGUGAUUUUUUUGACCUCUCGGAAGAUUUAGAAGUAAAACCCUCAAUUUGGAAGAUUGUGAAAACACCGAAAUUCUACAAGUUAAUGAAUACUUUGGAUGCGCUAGCAGAUUUGUGCAACAAGUAUAUUGAUGAGGCGCUGAAACAAAUUGAAAUGGAUAGCGAGGGCAAAUUCACAUCGGAGGUGGGUAAGGAAAAGAGCGUUUUGGAGAAACUUUUGCGCAUUGAUCGUCGCAUCGCCGCGGUAAUGGCUCUCGAUAUGAUGAUGGCUGGUGUUGAUACAACAAGUUCCACAUUAACGGGCAUACUAUUUUGCAUUGCCAAAAAUCCGGACAAACAGCAGAAACUAUUCGAGGAACUAAAAGCUAUAUUACCUAAUAAGGACUCCCGUUUGACUAUAGAGAAUAUGCAAAAUCUUCCCUAUCUGCGCGCCUGCAUUAAGGAAGGUAUGCGUUAUUAUCCGAUAAUUAUGGGUACGUUGCGUAGUUUACCCAACGAUGUUGUAUUGAGUGGUUAUCGUAUUCCUGCCAAACUUGAUAUUAUGGUCAGCUCGAAUUUGUUGUUACGCAAUGAGCAGUUUGUGAAGGAACCAAAUAAAUUUAUACCAGAACGUUGGCUGCGCAAUGACAACGAAGGCAAGAAAUAUCACAUCGAUAAUCCAUUCGUAUUUUUACCUUUCGGCUUCGGUCCGCGUAGUUGUGUGGGUAAACGUAUUGUGGACCUGGAAUUAGAGGUCACUUUGGUACGCUUAAUGCGUAAUUUUGUGAUCGAAUUCAAUUAUUCAACGGAUAAUGCUUUCAUACCGAAAAUUGUUAGCAUGCCCGGCAUUCCGUUGAAAUUCAAAUUCGAGGAAAGAAAUGAGUGAAACGAUUUACGUAUUUUAUAUUAUAUUUUAAUAAGUUAUGUUAGUAUGUGAAUUAUUGACAAAUAAUUAAAUAUUGUGUAAAAUAAACUUUCAAUUAGUGUAGUGGUAA